AUGGAGGAAAUUGGAAUUCGUCCCAAAGUCGAACAGGUCAAAGAGCCUACAAGUAUCCUCUCCAAAGCCGGUCAGCUGGAAGACUUAUCGGAGGGGGAUUUAUAUGUCAAAUUGAAGAAGCUUCAGAGAGAUUUGGAGUUCAUUGAGCUCCAGGAGGAAUACAUCAAAGACGAGCAAAAGAAUUUGAAGCGAGAGUUAGUCAGAGCACAGGAGGAAGUAAAGAGAAUCAAGUCUGUUCCACUCGUUCUUGGCCAAUUCCUUGAACCUAUUGAUCAGCACACCGGUAUCGUGGGCUCCACCACCGGAUCCAACUACGUAGUUCGUAUCCUCAGUACUAUUGAUCGUGAGCUGUUGAAGCCCAGUUCUUCAGUCGCUUUACACCGUCAUUCAAAUGCUCUUGUUGAUGUUUUGCCACCAGAGGCCGAUAGCAGCAUCAGUCUUUUGGGAGCAGACGAGAGACCCGAAGUCGCAUACGCAGAUGUUGGUGGUUUAGAUAUUCAAAAGCAAGAAAUCCGUGAAGCCGUCGAAUUACCCCUAACACACUUUGAUCUCUAUCGCCAAAUCGGUAUUGAUCCUCCCCGCGGUGUGUUGUUGUAUGGCCCUCCAGGUACAGGUAAAACGAUGCUUGUCAAAGCUGUAGCACAUCACACAACUGCUAGUUUCAUCCGUGUGGUUGGCUCCGAAUUUGUGCAGAAAUAUCUUGGUGAAGGUCCUCGUAUGGUCCGUGAUGUGUUUAGAUUAGCCCGUGAAAAUUCACCCUCCAUUGUCUUUAUCGAUGAAAUUGAUGCCAUUGCCACUAAACGUUUCGAUGCACAAACUGGCGCUGAUAGAGAAGUACAACGUAUUCUGCUCGAACUGUUGAAUCAAAUGGACGGCUUCGAUCAAACAUCAAAUGUCAAGGUGAUUAUGGCUACAAACCGUGCUGAUACAUUGGAUCCUGCCUUGUUGCGUCCUGGCCGUCUCGAUAGAAAGAUUGAAUUCCCUACACCUGAUCGUCGUCAAAAGCGCCUCAUUUUCCAAACUAUCACAUCAAAGAUGAAUUUGUCUGAAGAAGUUGAUUUAGAAGAAUUCGUUUCACGACCUGACAAGCUAUCUGGUGCUGAAAUCGCAGCAAUUUGUCAAGAAGCUGGUAUGCACGCCGUCAGAAAGAACCGUUACGUUAUCCUAAGUAAAGAUCUGGAGAAGGGUUAUAAGGCUAAUGUUAAAAAGGAAGAUUCAAACUUUGAAUUCUACAAGUAA